AUGAGAUACGCCGCGCCGUUCCAGCUCGUCACCUACGCCGCAUUCAUCCUCAGACUACUCGGCAUAGUGGGCGGCACGCAGGUCACGGGCAGCGCGAUGGCCGCGAUGUCGACAACUGAGGCGAAGAAGAAGAACAACAACAUGACGAGGCCCGACCCGAUGAUACCGCUGACGCCGGUGCCGCUUACGCCGUCGGGCGCCGGGCGGGACGGGCAGGAGAUCGUGAGGCAGCUGACGGGCCUCACGCGGUCCGGCAUCAACGGCGGGGGAGCGGGGCCGCCGGGUGGCGGGAGCCGGUUGCGGUUCGUCAAACGGGUGGAACUAGAGGGGGGGCUGUGGGAGCCCGAGGGGAUCGUGAGGUUGGCGGGGGGGUCGUCGUCGUCGUCGUCGUCUGCCGGUGACGCCGCCGGGGGAGACGAAGGGGACGGGCGGGAUGAGAGGUUCUGGGUGUCGGCAGGCGAGUACACGGUCCCGACGGAGAAGUUCCCGGGGGGCGAGUGGGUGGGCGGGACGGACCGCACCGCGGGGGCGGGGUUCGCGCACCUGGUGGUGUUUGACGGGACGGGGCGGCGGUUGGCGGACUGGGUCGUCUCCGAGGAGGGGGACCUGGAGUACCACAACGGCGGGCUCGACUACGACGGCCGGCACAUCUGGGCGACGCUCUCGCAGUACCGGCCCAACACGACGGGCACAGUGGUGAGGAUCGACCCGGCGGGGCUGACGAAGGAGGCCGUGCUGCGGGUGGGCGACCACCAGGGCGGGAUCGUGCACGACGUCGAGACGGGGACGCUGACGACGCUGAACUGGGGCGGGAGGAAGGCGAGGCGGUGGGAUCUGGGGAGGACGAGGGUCGGGGCGGCGAGGGUGGAGGACGAUGGGGAGCAGGAGCAGCAGGUCAGGCUGGGCGGCGACGAUGGCGGUGUUGGAGCAGGAGGAGGAGGAGGAGGAGGAGAGCAAGGGGGCGGCGGGGGGUUCGACGAGCCGCAGAGGGAGACGGUGAACCCGUCGUACUGGGUCGACUACCAGGACUGCAAGUCGCUGGGCCGCGUGGGCGGGCGGUCGCUGAUGCUGUGCUCGGGGAUCGCGACGGCGGCGCCGGGCGUCGAGGUCGGCGGGCUGGCGGUCGUGGACGCGGAGGACAUGGUGCCCGUGUGGGAGGCGCCGUUCAUGGAGAGGACGGGGGAGGGCGUGCUGAUGACGAAGAACCCGAUGGACGUCGCGCUCGUCGGGGGGCGGGUGAGGUUGUACUUUGCGCCCGAGGAGGGGCGGAGCGCGGUGUACGUGUAUGAGGUCUGCGAGGGGUGA